AUGGAGUCGAUGCCGUCACGGCCUACUCCUGCGUUCUCGAGCACAGCGCCGGAAUUGCGGCAGAGCGACCCGGCAGUAAGGGCACCCGUGCCCUCAGGUCUGUCUGAGACAGGCGGCCCGCAAGUCUCUGCGAUUGCAGCAGGCGAGGCUUCUCAAGCAGCAGCAGAUGUCCAGGUCGAGGUACGGGGCAGUGGCCACCUGCCCUCAGCCUGGCGCACGUGGGAGGAGGUGACAUUCCCACCUCGGGUGCGGGCUCCGCUGGUGUCGGCGGGCUUCCCGGCACCGACUGCGAUCCAGCAGCACUCUUGGCCGAUUCUCACUGCAGGCCGUGAUCUGAUAGGGGUUGCAAAGACGGGCUCGGGCAAGACGCUGGCCUUCCUGCUCCCCAUCUUCGCACGGCUCCUUGAGAGCAAAGUGGAUCUCCGAGGUCCACCAGCAGCGCUGGUUUUGGCACCCACUCGCGAGCUUGCCUGCCAGAUCGAAGCCGAGGCCAAGCGCUUCGGGGCCACCGCAGGCAUGCGCGCUGCCUGCCUCUAUGGCGGUGCCCCCAAGGGCCCACAGCUCGCAGAGCUGCGGCAGAGGCCUCAGCUAUUGGUGGCCACGCCGGGGCGGCUGAACGACCUCCUCGAGCCACCACCAGGAUUGUCUGUUGCUGUGGAUGUCAAGUCCGUGCGGUAUCUGGUCCUGGAUGAAGCGGACCGGAUGCUGGACAUGGGCUUCGAGCCCCAGAUCCGGAAGAUUAUCGGCGGACUUCCGCAGGACCGCCAGACUGUGAUGUUCACCGCCACGUGGCCACUGUCCAUCCGCCGGCUUGCAGCGGACUUUCUGCGAGAUGCUGCGGAGGUUCGAGCUGGCGAGGUGGACGAGCUGAGAGUGAACCCAGACAUCACGCAGCAGGUGGUCUUCUGCCUGGACAUGCGCGAGAAAGAGGAGUGGCUGGACAAGAUCCUCCGGGAGAGCGGUAAUGACCAGGCCAUCGUCUUCGUGAACACGAAGAGGAUGUGCGAAGUGGUCUCCUCCCGCACGCCGAACUCGAUGGCCAUCCAUGGGGACAAGGACCAGCGGGAGCGAGAUCUGGCCUUGGGCCAUUUCAAGUCGGGCACCGUGCGGGUCCUUGUGGCCACGGACGUGGCCGCCCGCGGACUGGACAUCAAGGCUGUGAAGUUGGUGGUGAACUUCGAUCCUCCGAAUCGCGAGGAGGACUACGUCCACCGCGUCGGCCGAACUGGCCGGGCCGGGCAAAAAGGCUUGGCCUGGACUCUCCUGACCAACGAGGACGGCGCGGCCGCGCGGAGCAUUGCUGACAUCUUCAAGCGAAUGGAGCUGCCGGUGCCUGCAGAGCUCUCCCGACGCCUCGCCUCCGGCGAACUCCGAAGCUCUGGCAGGGCACGCAGCAGGUCCGUGGGUCGGCCUUUGCUUAGAGGCGGCAUGGGUAUGGACGACGAUUUUGACUUUGGUGGUGAUCGGUUUGGGAGCGGCCGCGAGCAGAACGACUUCCCACGGUCGUCCUUCAUGAACGACUGGACCUCGUGGCGACUUCCCUAUCAGGAAGCGGCGGUGCGAGGAUACCAGCAGCCCAUUUCGACCCGAGAAGGGGCGGCCUGCCCUGGAAAGUGCCCACGUGACAGAAAUUCCUGUGUAGAGAAGUGGAACCAAGAAGCUCUGAAGGGCGGGCUACGUGGACAUGAAGCCCCUGGGCGCGAGAACGAAGACUGGAUUCCGUUCGGUCUGGCAGAUCCGGCUGCUGCGUACAGUAUGCCGCAGGUCGAGCCAAUGUGCUCGGAGGAGAUGCGCCCUCAUGGAAAGACGAUACAUGCGGUGAUAAUGCCGCUGGUUGCAGAAGAUGACAUUGACGAUGAAGUGGAGGAGGCACGGCAGGAGGCGGGGAAGGAGGGUCAGGACGUGGAUGAGGAAGUAAACUGCAGUGACAAAGGUGAUGAUGGUGCUGCUUAUGAUACUUUCCCGUGCGAUCAAAGCAGCAGCGACUCCAGCCGUGCCAGCAUCAAUGCCAAUGGCAAGCAGAGCAGUCCUUUGCUGGCCAUUCAGAAGGCGCAGCUGUCAGCCUCUUUCGCGCCCUCCGCCGGCAACUCUCUCGAGCUUGAUUUGCACCAGCAAGCCACGAACACGGUCUUUUAUUUCUUCAAGAGGGUGAACCUGUCUGGUGUGGCCUACCAGGAGAUCUAUGCCGGCGCCGACAUGACCAUCUGCAUCUUUCUUCUGCGCGCCGGUGCGCAGAUCCCUGCACACGACCACCCAGGUAUGCACGUCUUCGGACGGCUGCUCUUCGGGCGCAUGCGGGUCCGCUCCUAUGACUUCAUCGAUGGUGGCGAGUCAGGAGUGGGCGGGUCGGACGAGCCCCGAAGAGCCCACUACUAUGGUGAGGAGGUCCUUGGACCGGCACCUGUUACCUACGGCCUGGGUCCAGAGGAGGGAAACAUCCACCAGAUCGAGGCGGUGGAUGACUGCGCGUUCUUCGACAUCCUGACACCGCCGUACAACCCCUGCGGCGGCAGGAAUUGCAACUAUUUUGAAGUGUCUGUAGAUUCGCACAGGUCUGACAGCAGAAGUGCUGGCAGCGGCUAUUUCCUCAAGCCUGUCCUCCGUCCGGAGUUUGGCAUGGCUGCUCGGCAUGAACAGAGACCAUGA